UUCACUGUUUCUCUGUUCUACAACGAUAAAGUCAAGAAGACGAUCACAUCACCUAACGAUGCAAGAUUAGUCAGAGUUCCACUUGAUUUCACCAUCCCAACAACAGAAACAAACACAACAGCCGAAAUCAAGAUCAAAGUCACAACACCAACCGAAUCCUCUGAAAAAUUAACAAAUAUCAACAUCUAUCAAGAUGUUAUCGCAAGUGAUUCUGCAACAGGAAAGAUUGCUACAAAGAAAGCUAAAAAGAAGACCGCCCUUGUUGCAGUUCUCUGUGUCUUAGCUGUCAUUGCUGUUGUUGUUGCGGUAGUCGUUAUUAUUCUUUGGCUGAGAAAAUAA